AGUAUAUAUGUACAUGAUUAGUUUGUUUGUGAGAAAUGAUUUGCGGUACGUUUUUUUCUCGUUUUAAACAAAGCGAUGGGUAUGGAAAGCACGGAAUUAGCCAAUAGUGCACUUUGUUUACGACGUUAACGUUCCGCGAAGAGCUUCUGAAACAUGGGCACCAAUCAGUACACAUACUUGUAGGGCAAACACUACACGUUCACAUCUUGAAGGUGAUAAACAAUAAUACUAGUAAAUCGGACAGACAAAUGCUAUAAAUGUGGCAAAAUACCUCUGAGAAAAAAAAAAGAGGGACUGCGUUGUGGAUGCACAGGCCGAGCUGGUAAGAGAGAGAAAUGAAGUUCAACUGCAAACUGCUGUUCAAUUGGUGGGUAGAAAACACUUUUCAGCCUUUAUACCAGAGGUGUAUUCUAAGCGGUAUGCAGCAUGUGCUAAUAUGGUGUUAAUGCCUAUUUCAUAAGAGCCUGUUGUUUAACCGAUUGCCUCAGUAGCUGUUUGAAGGGCAAAGAACUGAAAUACAUUUCAACGCCUGUCGGUUACCUAAUGUUGGCCAGUACACUUCACAGACGUCAAAGUUUCCUAAUAUGCUUAGCUCCACUCUUCCGUUUGCCUUUCAUUUUCCAAUCCAUGUUUCUUGUGCGCACGCACACGUCGUAUAUACAUAUAUUCACUGCUCACAACUCAUGCCCUGCCAUGUCCACAUCAUUCCUAUCGUUUCCUUAAACGCAUCAAUCUUGAUAUCAACUUUUCUUUUUCCACUUUCAGUUCCUAGAAGUUUCUCAAAAUGGGCCGCUUCAAGCCUCUCGCCGUGAAGAAGAAGUAUGCGAAGAAGAUGAACCAGAACAAGCCGGUUCCGUACUGGAUCCGUCUGCGCACUGGUAACCGCAUCAAGUGGAACGAGAAGCGCCGCCACUGGCGCCGCACGAAGCUGAACUAUUAA